AGGUUUCCGGGAGAUGCUGGAAUAGAGUUAGAGGAGAGGUUUGCGUUGGAUUCUUCCAAUCAGCAUCCCAUCUCGCCCUCUGGCGGUUUCGGGUGGCAGCCAGAUUUAGUGGGACUCCGGUCAUUCUCCAAGACGGGCACUGACCGUUUUCACCAAGGGAUUGGGGUGGGUUCCAAAUGGGGGAGGAGGGGACGGAGGGCACGGUACAUCUGCUGUGCCUCGCGGCCUCCAGCGGAGUCCCCCUGUUCUGCAGAAGCAGCCGCGGCGGUGCUCCCGCCCGCCAGCAGCUCCCGUUCUCUGUCAUCGGCUCCCUCAAUGGAGUCCACAUGUUUGGGCAGAAUCUCGAGGUGCAGCUGAGCUCUGCGAGGACCGAGGACACCACCGUGGUGUGGAAAAGCUUCCAUGACAGCAUCACCCUCAUUGUUCUGUCAUCUGAGGAGGGCACCUCGGAGCUGAGACUAGAGAGACUGCUCCAGAUGGUGUUUGGGGCCAUGGUUCUUCUUGUGGGACUUGAAGAACUGACCAACAUCAGCAAUGUAGAAAGACUGAAGAAGGAGUUGAGGGCCUGUUACCGCCUCAUUGACAGCUUCCUGGGGGACUCAGAGCUCAUUGGAGACCUGACCCAGUGUGUGGACUGUGUGGUUCCUCCAGAGGGAUCCCUCUUUCAGGAAGCCCUCUCUGGGUUCGCGGAGGCUGCGGGCACAGCCUUCGCCAGCCUCCUCGUGUCGGGCCGGGUGGUGACAGCGACAGAAAGCUGGUGGCGGCUGGGGACGCCGGAGGCCGUGCUACUCCCCUGGCUGGUGGGAUCCCUGCCGCUGCAGGCCGCACGGGACUACCCGGUGUACCUGCCGCACGGGAGUCCCACGGUCCCGCACCGCCUUCUGACCCUGACGCUGCUGCCGGGCUUGGAGCUGUGUCUGCUCUGCGGGCCGCGCCCUCCCCUCAUGGGACCCCGAGCUCUGCCCGCUGGCUUCCCCCUGCACACGGACAUCCUCGGGCUGCUGCUCCUCCAUUUGGAACUGAAGCGCUGCCUCUUCACCGUGGAGCCUUCAGGGGAUAAAGAUCCUUCCCCUGAGCAGCGUCGGUGCCUCCUCCGUUCCUUCUACACCCUCGUCACCGCCAUGCACUUCCCACCAGAGCCCGGACAGCAGGAGGAGAAGGUGGAGGACACAGCCCAGCGGGCUCAAGUGCCGAGAGCCUGCUACCUGGUCUCAGGGACCGAGGAGCCAGGCACAGGAUGGCGUCUGGUGGCCCUACAGUUGGGGCCCCGGCGGCUGCUGCUGCUGCUGUCAGCUCAGAGUCCCUGCCAUGGGCUGCGGAGCCUGGCCACCCGCACCCUGCAGGCCCUCACCCCGCUCUUCUGACCACUGGGCGUGAGCAACAGACAGGCACCCGGGCUGUUAGCGUCUCUCUGUUUAUUGGGUCACAAUAAUACACAGCCCCUGGACGGGGAGGGGGCAGGAGGGGCCACAACAGGGUGGGUGGGAGGGGAGGAGGCGCCUGCUUCCCUGGCCCCUCUCCCCU